AUGGUUUACAUUUUGUUAUUUAUUUUAUUCCUUGUUUCCGUCGACGCCCACUUAUAUGGAGAUGUAAGUUUUCGCAAAUUUUGCUUACAAAAAGAAUUUUAUCAAAAAAGUUUUCAUGUGAUCGCAUUGGAAUUUAUUUACGAUCCGUUUUUGCCGCACCUUGAGAAAUUGGCCGAUUCGUCAGCAUGUUAUUAAAGAAGUUGUAAAACAUUUAUUAAAGCACUUGGCUCAAAGCUGAUCGUAUGAUCAGCAUACUGUACAUUAACAAUUUUGAAUUUUGUAAAUUGUAAAAUAUGGAAUAAAGUAAUAAAUUUCCAGUACAAAGAAGAUUCCCGGCAUGUUCGAGCCAAUAUACCGUUGGAGUUGGUCCUCGAAGAGUCGUGUUCUCUAUCCAUCAAGUACAAAUCCUGCAGGUGCGGGGACCAGGUGGACAAGACGGUGUGUUGCUGCAUGGAUCGGCAUAUUCAACGGGUCCCGAAGCAUCUUCAUUGGAGAAUGAAGACACUGUAAGUUCUUUUUCGAUUUAGGAAGGGUGAGAUGCUUAUAAAAAAUGUAAUUAUAUCGAUACUCAAAUAUCUUAACUCGUGCUUUCAAGCCAAAAUAUUCAGGGACUUUUGUUGACAAGAUAGUGCAGGAAAUUCGAACGAUGACAAAGAAAUGACUUUGCAAUCAUCAAAAAUUUAGAAAGGACUGACAAGCUCCUGAAUGUUACAACUUGAAAAUCACUUUUCGGAAAGCGUAGCUAUGUUUAUUGCGGAGAAUGCUCUCUAAAUAAUAAACCUAUGCCUGAUUUACCUCCUAAUCCCAUAAUAACUCUUCCAGAUUCAUCUACAACACUUCCAUUUCCCAUAUUGAACACCACUCUUUCCACAGCUACAAAUUUCUUGAGAAACUGUAAGUCACCCGCUCUCAAAACCCAUGACGUCAUAAUUUGUAUAAUCUAUCAUUCGCUUUGUCAAUUAUGGCAUAAUUCCAGACAAAUCCUCCAAAAUGAUAAGCUGGAGCAUGUGGACAAGAGAGCAUUCGAAGGACUCGAAAAGUUGUUCAAAUUGUAAGCCUUUAUCGGUAUAUGUUGACAGUCUUUGCAGAGAGAUAUCAGGGUCGCCCUUUCUAAGAAGCUUACCGGAAGUCAUCGUGCCCCAUGCACAUCGAUUGCAGUUACUGUAAGUGUAGUUUGGAAGGGCUUGGACUUAAAGCUAUUCUUCAGAAUCCUCCGAAACAACGGUCUUCCUGAAAUCCCAAACUUUCGAAUCCACCGAACCGGUAAAUUUGCCUUGGAAAGAAUUGAUCUAAGCUACAAUCGGAUCCAAUCGAUAAAGGUUGGGGCUCUGGAUUCACUGGUGACAAAAGUGUUGCUUCUGAAUAACAAUGAGAUCCAGGAGAUUGAAGAGUAUGCGUUUCCAGGCUGCGAAUUUGGGUCCUUGUGAGUGGCAUCGCUAAUAAGAUUAAUGAACAAUAUUGGGUUGUAGAAAUAUCUCAAAUAACAAGGAACUGUCUACAAUCUCUCCCUCUGCCUUUUCGAACAUCGUCCACAUCGAGGAACUUGAUUUGAGUGGCUCACAGAUUACUGAAUUACCGUACGAUGGCCUCAAAGAGAUCAAAAAACUCCGACUUCAAAGAAUCCCCACACUCAAAAGACUACCGCCGAUCUUGGCGUUCACAAAUCUCCAUAAGGCCGAUUUCACAUAUCCCUACCAUUGUUGCUUCCUAAAGUACGCAACAAAGGAGUAUUCCAAGGGAAAUGAUCAAAAGUUUUCAUCAAAUUAUCGGCAAAUCCAACGGAGAACUUGCACAAAGUUACGGGCAAAAGAAGAGCAAGCUAUUCGAUUUAGGAGAGCAAUCGCAUCAUGGUCGAAAAGUGAGAAUUUGAAUGCCUGGUUUGAGAAGCAGGCCAGAGGCUUGGAUAUCAACAAAUUUGUUGAUGAACCAGUGCAAACGGAAGUUCAAGGUAAGGUAUUUUAUAAAGUAGAUUUACGAUGAUAAUAGACUGGAUUUUGAUGUAGCUUGAACUUGAAUAUGAGGGUUUCAUAGAGGUUUAGAAAUAUUAUAAAAGGGUAUCUUGAAAAAUGCCAGUUAAGACUUCAGCCCCAAAAGGCAAUUUCUAAUCAUUUUUUUACUCUCCAGCCUAUCGGAAGGUAUUCACCGAGAAGAGUUUCGUCGUCCAGCGCUGCGAAGAAGAGGCCGUUGCCAACUUCUACCUCAAUAUUACCUGCACUCCCUUGCCGGACGCUCUGAAUCCCUGUGAAGACAUUGUCAGCUACCCCACUCUACGAAUAUUUUUGUGGCCAAUGUGGAUCAUCGCGAUCGUUGGCAAUAUCUCGGUUUGGUUUAUAAUUGCAGCGGUUUGGCAUCGCCGGCUCCGUUUCCACUACUUUUUCAUGCUCAACUUGUCUGUUGCGGACUUUCUAACUGGUGGGUCAGUCACAAAAAUUUGCAAAUAUUGCGGACCUAAGACUUGAAAAUUGAACAUCUCAUAUUGCACAUGGUAUUUCAGGGGUCUAUUUGGCAUUUCUUGCAUUUGCUGACUUCAAGACAGCAAAUCAAUAUUACAACCAUGCGGUGGAAUGGCAGACGGGAUGGGGCUGUAAUGUGGUCGGAUUCAUCAGUGUUUUUGCCUCCGAAUUGUCGAUCGUUUCGAUGCUGAUGAUAGCGUUUGAGAUCUAUUACAAUGCCCGUUACGCCUUUUAUGGGAAGUGGAUGAGCUCAACAACAGCUUAUAUUACAAUCUUCUUGGGGUAUUUGUAUGCGUUCGUCAUGGCGGGUAAGUUUUUAUAGAAUCUUGAAAAAUGUGUCUCCUAGGCUUAAAAAUUCGAGCGUCGAACGUUGAAAACUUUAAUUUUUAAUUCUAACAUCAUUUCCAGCCCUUCCGUUAUUUGGGAUUUCGUCCUACGAAGUCUCCAGUAUAUGCCUGCCCCUCUCCAUCGACAAUGUCAUCGACCAAAUCUACCUGGUUGGCGGCUUAACAACAACUGCCUUAGCUUUUGCUGGCAUAAUCCUAAACUAUGCUCUGAUUAAUUUCAUGAUCCGCGGCGAUCCCACCAUGCCCGCCCGAGCCGAGGACAGACAGAUUCUGAUACGAACUCUGGUCCUGAUCGGGACCGAUAUGCUUUGCUGGCUGCCAACACUCUUCUUCGGGAUUACAGCCGCUCUUGGCGUCCCGCUGAUAACAUUGACUAAUGCGAAGAUCUGUCUGAUUCUGUUCUAUCCGAUUAAUUCGUGUGCCAACCCACUGAUCUAUGUGUAUAUGACGAAGAUUUGGACGGAUGUCAAGAACAAGGCGCCCUUCUUCGAGGUGAGGAGCUUCAAGACGGAGAAGAGUCAAGUCAAUCGAUUCUAUUACAACAAUUCUCCGAGACCGGAGAAGAAUCGGUCAACGUCGCUUCAUAAUGAUGAUGCCUUCCAUUCCAGGGAAAAUCAGGUGAGAAGAGGGGUAAAAUUCAAAAUUAGGUAUAUGUACAUUUUGGGCUAAAAAAAUUUGAGUAAGCACAUUUUCAGACCACCCAAACAACAUCUUUGAACUCCACUCCUCGCGGCUCCAAUUCGUCGACGUUAUUCCGCCAUUCUGCCGCUGAAAUUGAACCACUUCGUCGGAGUGAGGAUCGACGGUAAUAAUAACUUUCUUAUUAUAUAUUGCCAACUAGUCAUCAUUAUGCCAAAAAAUAAGCUUUGAUUUUUAGCGAUCAAACUCCCGAAACAGACUGCCCUCGACUCGAGCGAAAGAGAAAGUCGAUUCCGGCGAUUCCAACGUUCCGAUUUCGAGUCUCAGCGAUCCCGGAGAUGUCGGAUAUCAGCGAAAGUUCGUCCAAUUCCCAGGAAGAGAACGAGCGACGGAGCUCGAGGAAAAGUCAGGAGCGGAAAGUGUCGAGAUUAGCGUUGGAAGAGAACUGCGUCAACGGAAAGGCCGAGAAUUCGGAGAGCGAAAAUUCAAAGGCAAAGAAGCUGGAGAGGUACGAUAGUUUGUCAAUAUGA